CUCGCUCUCGUUUGUUGCAUCUUGUGUAACAUGUUUAUAUCCUCUCUCUGACCUUCGAGUAGUAUUGUUGCAUCUUAAAAGGUCAUAUCCGCAGAUAUACAAACGCAUAUAACAAUAGAAUGGAGCAACUGGUAGAAUACCUAAAGAGAAUAAACGGCUCGAUCAAGUAUCCGGAAAACGUGGAUAUCGACGAGUCGGAUAACAACGACGACGACGAAGAGGAUAACACCGACAACAAAAUUGGAUACCUGGACGAGGAGGUAAAGGUAGUGGCGGAGAAUAGGUUCACGGUGAACUUUGACCUGUUGCUGAAGAAAAAACGACGGACGCCGAGGCGUCAGAUACCGCCCUGGUGGAGCGAACAGUGCGAACAGGCGUUGUUGGCGAGGAAACGGGCGCGCAAAACCCUCAAGAAGAUGGGGGACGAGAACCGGGAGAAGAACCUUCUGGAUGUUAAGACCGCCAAUUGGGACUUCAAGAAGACCGUCAAGGCAGCGAAAAGCGCCUACUACAAGAAGGUCGAGAAAGAAAUCGAGAUGCACGAAAGCAUAGUUUUCUAGAUUACGCA